CAGCAAAGUGCGCAGUGCUGAUUGCUAUCAACCUGAUUAGCAUAAAAGUAACAUCAAUUUUAUUUCUUAUUGUUAAAGAUAAAUUAACAAAGCAAUUAAUUAAUUUGAUAAUGAUAACGUAACGGAUUCCGGGAUUUUUUAUUUAUAAGGACGUGAGACUUUUUGCUAGAUCUUAAGAUUAUGGGCCCUAUUAAAGAAGAUCAGAUACCACGCAACGGGAUUGUCUAAUGAUCUCAAGAGGAUCUCGUGAUUCACGAUAAAAUUGCGCGUAAUUUAUCGCAGAUCAUUAGAUGUUAAAUAUGAAACGUUGAGUUUUAUAAGAUAGCUUUUUAGUCUAUAAUCAGCAGCGUACGGGAUUGAGUAAAGUACUAAAUUAAAUUUAAUAUUAUUCGUAAUUCAGUAAAGUGUCUACUUAAUGGGUUUUUUUAGCGUGGUAGGGGGUAGUGAAUUUUAUUAUACCGUUGGUUUAUUUAAACGGUGACGCGGUGUGAUGUGACUUUACAGAGCAAGUAUGUACUGAAUUGUGACCAGUUCUUUCAGUCAUCACUGUUGCUUCAGCCAAGCCACAUCGCGGGGGUGGACAUACUCCUUUUUAUUAAACGAUUACACUUAAAGUUACAACUAUACUUAAGUUAUAGACACAACUAGGCAUAAUGAUUGCACUGAUUGCAAUUAUGAUUAGCCUACUGGUGAGCAGCUCAGCUGAUGGAGUGGGAAAAGCUUGGGAAAUAUCACCAAAUUCAAACGCCGAAAUUACGACACAUCCGACAUGGCCACGGCUAGAUUUGUCGGCUUUUGAAGUGAGGAGUGUCAGUGGAAUCGGUCGAUUGACGUCACGCGAAAAUCAACCGCCGGUUAAAAUUCAAGAAGAGCCCGUUAAAAAUCGGGAGGAAAUUGAUACUUCAGCUGAGGAGUCUGGAGAGAAUCGCGUUGCUAAGGAGAUCGAGGACAUGGAAAAUGAUUAUUACAGCCCAGAAGUCAUUUAUGAUCACCCUAUCUUUCAGGGUGUGAAUAAGAACUCACGAAAAGACGUUGAAUUGCUACCAGGUCCUUGGGAAAAAUCGAUAACCCAAAGAACUAGCAGAAAACGUGGUUACUGUCCUGAUAAUGACGACGAGGUGGAAAAUAUUUCUGUUGGAGAAGAAAAACAUUUGCGCGUACGUCGAGAUGUUGAUGAAAAACAAAUGGAGAAGAUUGCUGCUACUAAAAAUGUACGAGAACCUCGUCUGAGUGCUUCGGAGUCUUGGUCCAAGCAACCAUUGGCGGUUGAGUUUCGUCAUCGCACAGAUUUAGAUGAAAGUACUUCCAGUGGAAAUGAAGAAGUUUCAAGAUCAUCUGCUCGAGGUCAUCAGGCUCCACAUGUCGAUUUUGUCACGGCAAAUCGCAGAAAUUUCGAAGGAAGAGAGUCUCGGGAUUUGCCUUUGCCCAGAGACGUACCAAUGACUCGAGACUUGUCGAUGUCUAGGUCCUAUGACGCAACUCCUUAUCGCAAUAGUCUUCGGGAAAGAGAUCCUGAUUCGCCUUACUCCCGAGGUUAUUACUACCCAGAUCACUUCAGAACAGAAAGAGAUUACUACGUUAGAGGAGUUAAUGAGCCUGCUGCUUUUUCUAUGGAUCGUUACCGCAUUGAAGACUACGAUAUGUACCGGAAUCGCCCAACACCGAAGCCCAAGAGGAUAAUAUACUACGCAACGCUUCCUGAAAUCGUCCGCAAGCCUGUGGAUCUUCGCACUUAUGCUAGACCUUAUGACAGCGUAAGUAAAGCUUCGAUUCCAGUUGGAAUGAUUACACGCGAUCGGUACCAUAAAAGAAUGCCCAGCAUGAUCGAUCGAGAUGACACCAGGUACCAGUAUCGAAAUUAUCAACGUUACAACUCUUACGACCCGUAUGUGAAGAGAUCCAGCUAUUUAGAUCAUCCUUAUGCUCCUUUUAAUGAAAGAUUGGAAGAAGAUCGCUAUCGGGACCAAGAUUUCGAUCACGCCAGCUACAAAGAAGCUCCUGAAACUCGAGAACGUGAAGAUCCCAAGAAGCCAGUUCCUGGAGUCGAGGCUAGGGUUGAACAGGACAAAGCACCUUGGCCAGUUCAAAUCGGAACUGAGAUAAAUGUCAAGGAUAAUCAAAGAGUUUCUGGUAGAAAAGUAUUUGGGCAGUACCCGAACUAUGACAGAUUCCGUCCCAGCGCGAGACUAGAGCGCAAAGACAAUGGAAAUGAUCCCAGUGGAGAAACCAGACACUGAAACUAGAUAUUUAUUAUUUAUUUAUUGAUUUAUUAGAUAAUUUGAGGUAUCAUGGUGACAAUGGGAUGAUUUGAGAGGUAUAGGGGUUCUGGUUUCUUUAUCUGCGAUUUAAUAUUACAUAUUUGAGACAAGAUUGAUUCAAUCUCUUGAUUAUUCAUUUAUGUUAGGAUGGUCUGUUAAGUAAUAAUAGUAAUGAUUAUUUAUUUCAGCAUUAAUCACUGAUAUUUUGAUUUAUAUCCUAUAUUUUUUGUACCUUGGAAUUAAAAUAAGUAGUUUUUUUUAAAUUUAUAAGAAUGUGUUUAAACAAUGUCGACGUUUUAAUUAAUAAAUUGUUUAGCUCAAGAUUUUUUAGGAGGUGAUUCUUU